AUGGUGUCUCUCAGCAGCAGAACACUGAGUCUGGAGAAUGACCUGUUCAGGGACAGCAGCAGCAGCAGCCUCUUCUCCCUCAGCCUGGGAGACGGAGCCUGCAGCGAACGGGGCAGUUUAGCCUCCUGCGACAGCCCCGAGGCAGGGGACUUGGGGGCUAUGCACAGCUCCAGCCCCGGAGAGGAGGAGGAGGAGGAGGAGGAGGAUGAGGAGGAGGAAGAAGACGAGGACGAUGGGGCGCGUCUGCAUAUUUUUCUAGGAGCAGCAGGAGAAGAGGAGCCUGCGAGUCAGGAGCCAAAGCUGCCAGAUUUCCCUUUCCAUCCCUCCUCCCCGUUCUCCCCGACCUUGGAGGACAUAGAGGAGUUCUUGAGGGAAAAGAUGGAACUAGUCAAAGAGGGGCUAGUGGCCCCAAAAGAGGAGGCUUCCCCUCUCCCAUGCAGCACCAGUGACUCUCCAUCCUCCAGUGCGCCCCAGGCCUCUUCCUCAGACACUUGCAGUGACCCAGGGACUAGUGCUUCCCAUUGCUCUUCCAGCCCAAACACCCCCCAUAAUGAGCAGAACAGUCCCAGCCCAGCUGACCCUUCCCCUUCUGCCCAAGCAACCCCCUCACCAUCCACUGUAACCCCCCCAGUGCUCCUGGGCGCUCCGCUGGUUCUCCAGCUCCAGCCGCUCCCUCUGGCCCAGCCUCAGCCCCCGGCAGGCUCUCCUCCUGGGUCACAAAACGGCAUUUGGCUCACUCAUCUCGUCAUGGGGCUCCAGGGUGCUACAGGACAAAAUCUCACCCUACUGACCCCCCAGGUGCCCUCCACCUCCACCACAUUUUUAUCACUAAACAGUGGAGAUGCCAAGUCAGCUGACCAGAAGUACGUGAAGAUUGCGCCUCUGCCCAUCACAAUGAGGACUGUAGAGAUAACAGGUGUGACUGGGGUCGGGGUCCAGGGCAGCGGUCUGUUGAAGGCCAUCGCCCCCCGUGUGACCAGAGUUCCACCUACAGAGAGGGUCCAUAAGUGCUCCCACCCAGGCUGUGGGAAGAUGUACACCAAAAGCAGCCAUCUGAAAGCUCACUUCCGCCGGCACACAGGAGAGAAGCCCUACACGUGCAGCUGGCCUGAGUGUGGCUGGAGGUUCUCCCGAUCAGACGAACUGUCCCGCCACCGCCGCUCUCACUCCGGCAUCAAGCCCUACGAGUGCUCGCUGUGUGAAAAGAAGUUUGCCCGCAGUGACCACUUAUCCAAACACACGAAAGUCCACCGCAGCUCCAGGCCCAGCAGGAUUAUCAGGGCUACCGUGUGACACCUUCAGCUGGCAUAAAUCCUGCCCUGCA